UCUUUCUCUCUCUCUAAAUCUCUCUUUCUCUUUUUUCUUACGUACACAGUGAGUUAUAUUAUAAGUAGAAAAAAAUACGUGGUUCAUUUUUGACUUUGCCUACUUUCCACGUUUAUUUCCUAUCUCUAUAUCUAUAUAUUUCUCUCCCUCUUCCCUUCCCCCAAACUAACUCAAUCUUUUCUUUUCCAUCAGUAACCCAUUUUGCCCAAAUUUCUUUUCUUUGCAUCUAAGGUUCAAUUUCAUCAUGGAAGAAGCUAAUGUUGUUGAAGCGAAGGAUGGAACUAUCUCGGUAGCAUCUGCAUUUGCUGGUCACCAAGAAGCUGUACAGGAUAGAGACCACAAAUUCUUGACACAAGCAGUCGAAGAAGCUUACAAGGGUGUAGAAUGUGGACAUGGAGGCCCUUUUGGUGCUGUCGUUGUUCGCAAUGAUGAAGUAGUUGUUAGCUGCCACAACAUGGUUUUGCAGUAUACUGACCCUACAGCUCAUGCAGAAGUUACGGCAGUAAGAGAGGCAUGUAAAAAACUCAAUCGAUUUGAGCUCUCAGAUUGUGAGAUAUAUGCUUCUUGUGAGCCCUGUCCGAUGUGCUUUGGUGCUAUCCAUCUAUCACGUAUUAAGAGGUUGGUAUAUGGAGCCAAAGCUGAAGCUGCAAUUGCUAUUGGGUUUGAUGAUUUCAUUGCGGAUGCUCUUAGAGGUACUGGAUUUUAUCAGAAGGCUCAGUUAGAGAUCAAGAAGGCUGAUGGUAAGGGAGCCCUUAUAGCGGAGCAAGUAUUCGAGAAGACCAAAGAAAAGUUUACCAUCUAUUGAGAGAGGACGUAAAACGUAAGGGAAGAAGACUACAGUCAUCUGAUUUCAUUACUGAUCCUGAUGUUGAUAAACUAAUUAUGCUUUCUCUGAAUAAUAUUUCUAAGACGCUCAUUUUCUCAAAUUGUAUGUAUCUGUUGAACUUAACAUGUGGAUACCAGUCAGCUCGACAAGCCUCUUUCUUUUUCCCUUUUC